UUGGCUACUAUCUGUGUCCAUCUGGUCCCCUGUGUUUCUUGACAGCUAGAAUCGGCGUCUGUCCCAUCACACACCGAAAGGAAGCAAGGAGCGCUUGGAGGAGAGGCGCGGACGGGCUUUUCUAUUGUCACGGGGAAGAACACAGGAGAAGUACACACCCAGGAGUUAUCUCGGCGACAUGGACAAAAACGGGAAAGCCAUGGAGGAGUUGGUGUGUGAGCUGCGUCUGUUCCUGGACCUGCUGGACAGGGAGUAUCUGAGUGCUGGGGUCAGGGAGAAGAAGAUGCUCAUCUCCAACAUCCUUCACAGGGUCCUCAAUGCUAAAGAGCCCUCGUUCAAGUCAGAGGACCACAGCAGCCUUUCUGCACCCCCUCAGAUGCCACUCCCUGAGAUCCCACACCCCUGGCUCCCUCCAGACAAUGGGCCUCCUCCUCUCCCCAGCUGCUCUCUCCCAGAGGGAUACUAUGAAGAGGCUGUCCCCCUCAGUCCUGGAAAAGCCCCAGAAUACAUCACUUCCAACUAUGAUUCUGACCAGAUGAGCAGUUCGUAUGAGUCGUAUGACGAGGAGGAGGAGGAUGGGAAGGAACAGGGGAAGAAGAUGCGACACCAGUGGCCUAGCGAGGAGGCCUCCAUGGGUCUGGUCAAGGACGCACGCAUCUGUGCCUUCCUGCUGCGCAAGAAACGCUUCGGCCAGUGGACCAAGCUGCUCUGUGUCAUCAAGGACAACAAGCUGCUGUGCUACAAGUCAUCUAAAGACCAGACACCCCAGAUGGAGCUGCUGUUAUCAGGCUGUAGCAUCACACAUGUCCCCAAGGACGGCAAGAAGAAGAAACACGAGCUGAAGAUAGCCCACCAGGGGGCAGAUGCCCUGGUCCUGGCCGUGCAGAGCAAAGAGCAGGCUGAGGAGUGGCUCAAGGUGAUGAGGGAGGUGUGCAGUAAUGGCUGUGACUCAGAUGUAUCAGGGUCUCCUGUGCACAAGCCCGACCUGGAGAAGAAGGUGUUGUGUGAUAGGCCGAGCUCAGACGGAGAGCCGCCCAAUGAGAACGGACACACCGUCACCGACUGUAAGGACCAAGGUAAAGGGAAGAAGGACUCUCAGAAGAGUCAGAAGGGAGGCACGCUGAGUAAAGGGGCGGGGAAGAAGAUCACUAAGAUCAUUGGCUUAGGCAAGAAGAAGCCGUCCACUGACGAACAGACCUCUUCAGCCGAGGAGGACAUACCCACCUGUGGCUACCUGAACGUGCUGUCCAAUAACCGCUGGCGUGAGCGUUGGUGUCGUCUGAAGGACAACCAGCUGCUGCUUCAUAAGGACCGUACUGAUCUGAAGACCCACACGGCCAGCCUUCCCCUCAGAGGCUGCGAGGUCAGCCCCGGACUGGACUCCAAACACCCCUUCGCCUUCCGCCUGCUCCGCAACGGACAGGAGGUGGCUGUACUGGAGGCGUCCUCCUCAGAGGUCAUGGGUCGGUGGCUGGGGAUGCUGCUAGCUGAAACAGGCUCUAUCACAGACCCUGCAGCCUUACACUAUGAUUACAUAGAUGUAGAGACUACCGCAAACGUUAUCCAGCUGGCCAAGCAGUCCUUCUGCUUCACUAGUAAACGUGCUGUAUCUCCCAACCCUUAUCUGGACAACCCUGCCAACAGUUACGCAUGUCCCUCUGGAAUGGCACUGCACUAUGAUGAUGUGCCCAUCAAUGGAACGGACCCUGAGGCGCUAUACUCCAGCCCUGCCACCGGAGGGCGACGUCUGAGAGAGGAGGUGUUGUAUGAGAACACUGACCCCGACCUGUAUGAGAACAUGCCUUCGCCCAAGCUGGCUGCCCGCUACUCCCCCAAGCCCAGUCGCCUGGCAUCAUCCUCCUCCUCUUCCUCCAGCCACUACAAAACCCCUGGCCCUGUCAAAUCCAAACUCCUCUCCUCUUCCUCCUCUUCCUCGGCUAACACUAACACUAAAGCCGUUGCUCAGCUGAAGGGGAAAAAGGUCCCAGUGACCAAUGGGACAGCGUCUAAACAGAAGGUGGACAAGAACCAGGCCAAGAAGACCAAUGGAACAACCAAUGGAACAGCAUCUGUGAAACGCAACAACUCCAGUGCAGAGCAGUAUAAGUACGGUAAGAACCGUGUGGAGGCGGACGCCAAGAUGCUGCAGGCUAAAGAGGAGGAGCUAAUCAACAGAAAGCAGGACAUCAGGAACCGUCUGACCCAGCUGAAGAAGGACAGGAAAGACCUGCGCACCGCCAUGGAGGCCAGCACCGCUAAGCGCUGCGCUGGGUCCCUGGCGGAGCGGCUGAAAAAGGUGGAGGACGAGUGCAAGCUGAAGGAGGACGAGCGGGUGAGCCUGGAGCUGGAGAUGACAGAGGUCAAGGAGAGUCUGAAGAAGGCCCUGAACGGAGGAGUCACUCUGGGACUCACCAUCGAGCCCAAGUCUGGCACCUCCAGCCCACAGUCCCCAGUGUUGCUGAGGCGUACCCUAGAGAACUCUCCCAUCUCCAGCUGUGACACCAGCGACACAGAGAGCUGUUCUACUCUGCCCGUCAACAGUGCCUCCCUCCUCCGCAGAACGACCAAUCAGAAACCCUCGGCCGUACGCGGCCAUGUCCUCAAGAAGGCUAAGGAAUGGGAGAUGAAGACUGGCACAUGAGCAACAACUCUGUUCACAACAGUCCUAUCUUAUUAGCUUUUUAUUUUAUUUGAAUGGGUUUAUAUAUUUAUUUAAAUCAGUUCGUAUGGGGAAGAAGGUUGAAGAGGAGUGCACUACAAGCAUAGCCAAACAGAGAGACGAUCAAGACAAUGCAGAUUUUUUUUGGUCUACUUUAUUUCCUGGACAUAAAGAACUAGCAGUCUUUUUCUAGCGUACCAUUGUGUAAUACCAUGUUAUAUUUCAACUACUCUGUUGUGUGCUUUUGUAUCGCCCAAUCUUGUGAUUUUUUGUUCGUUUUUGUUUUGCAGUCAUCCACUUUCAUACAGUCUCUCGUUGCCUGUUUCUCCAUCACAUAAAACAAUCAGGUUUCUACAACUCGUGGGGGUUCCAAAAUCAAGUGCAUAUUUAUUUGUAAAUGUUUCUUAGGUAACUACUAGCAUCCUUGUGAUUAUUUAUGUUGAUAAUAUUUAAUGCUUGUUGUAUUGUAUAGCGCCCUCUCUUUAGAACAGGAACUGCACUGUGCCACUAAUGUCCACAGCAUCUGGAUCCAGCCGUUAGUAUCAGUGUUAGGCAAUCCAGAUGAUUUUCAAAUCAUCAAACCAGCAAUACACCUACAGUACUCCUAGUCCUUAGUGGUUGAUGCCUGGGAGUGGGCCUUUGGAAUGUGCGGGUCAGACUAAGGCGUGGCGGUGUUCUGGUGAGUCUGGCGUUGGAAAAGUCCUCAACCUCAAGUAAUGUAGCCUCUUGUAUUUACACUUCUACAUCCAGGAGCCUCGGGCCAGCUCUUUUAAUCAUGCCACUGGUGCACUGUAACACUGUGGUCUGGUCUCACUCUGUGUGUGUGUGUGUGUGUGUUAGUUUAUGUGUGUAUGUAUGCAUUAGUUUGUGUGUGUGUGUUUUAAAAUGUCUUGAGGCACAUUCCAACCCCAUCAUUAAUACAGUGUUAGAAAUAGAGGCCUGUAUGGUCAGAAAUACUGUGUGUUCUCUGCUUCAACCAGAGACUGUAAUCUGGUUGUGGAUUCUUGAACUUCCAGCUGCUCUAGCAACACGUUUCAGCUCAUACACAUCACACACACACACACACACACAUGACACACACACACAACACUCACACACACCACACACACAGACACACACACACACACACCACAGACACUUUUAUGUAAUGUAUUUCUAAUGGUGUUUUUGGUAAUGAUUUUACCACAUCUACAGUACACUGCAAAAUAUUCCCAUAUCCACACUGCUCAGUGUAAUCUAACCACGGUGCUUUAUAGGGGUGAGACGUAGCAUGUUGAUGUACUACUACUAUAGUUUUUACUAUUUUUACUCAAAGGCACGUUUACCUUUAAAACGUCUGGUUUAUGGUGCAUUUAUUGGCCUAGUUGGAAUAUGAGGCUGUGCGUAACAAAAAUGGCCGCCAACAGCUGUUUUCAAGUUAUCAGUGUACAUGUUUGUAUCCCUCUUUGCCUCUCUAUUCAUUCAGAUUGAGGUUGGGGUUCAAUCCCAUCGCGGGUUAAAUGCAUCGUGGCGUUUUAAAGGCAAUUGAGUCGACAUAUACAGCGUUUAUUGUGAAUGGGAACAUUGCCUUAAAAAGCCUCAAUGGCCAUAACCUGCGAUCGGAUUGGAUCCCGGCCAAAGUCCAACUAGGCUGCGAGUUAGAGCUCUUCACCACAAGAUGAGGGAGAGAUGAGGAGAAAGGUUUACAGGGAGAGGAGAAAGAGUUACGCAUCUGGUCCAUUUUUGGAUCCCUCUCUUUUCUGUUUAAACAACUUCAAAUCUGAAAUGGGCAGAGAGAGAGAUGAUGUCACUCAGAACAUGUGAACCCAUUGUACCUAUACAACGCUUUUUGGGAGGAGGAGGAGGGGGGGAGGAAGGGGGAGAGAGGGGAGGGGUUGGGUGUUUUGGGUAAAGGGAGUAGGGGAGAAACAAGAGUGGAGGGGGGGAGGAAGGGGGAGAGAGGGGAGGGGUUGGGUGUUUUGGGUAAAGGGAGUAGGGGAGAAACAACAACAUUGUUUGUUUUGCACCUUAGACUUUUCUACUCCAUUGUACAUCUAUUGACAGUCGCCAACUCGGUGACAAACGGCUGUAUAUAAAAAGUAAUAAACCUCUUUACAAAUGUU